CACUGAAAUACCUCCCAGACAUGUUCAAACCCAAUGCUCCUGAUGCCCUAACCUGCUUGGACCUACGAUACAAGCUGAAACAUAUGGUAUGGACUCUUAAAGAUGUCUGGUUCCACUUAAAGCGAACUGCAUUAGUAAAACAUGCAUCGAACUCAGUCCAGUUUCGACAACUCCAGCUUUAUAAGCAUGAAAUGCAGCAUUUUGUUAAAGUUAUUCAAGGUUAUAUUGCCAAUCAGAUUUUGCAUGUUACCUGGUGUGAAUUUGGAAAUAAAUUGUCUUCUGUGGGGAAUUUGGAGGAAAUUUACAGAACCCAUGCAGAAUAUCUCAACAAAGCAAUCUUCCG